UCCACAUGCUUAUCCGAAGUCCGAAUAAUUUCCCUCCCUCCCUCGUUUUCUGCUUCUCUCCCCAUUUUGUUCGUACUCUCGCUGUGUCCACCUUCCUUCGUCCCAUUCUCCGCUCUCUCCCCCCGCAAAAGCCCUCGGAUCUCUGAAUUGAAGCCUCAGUCCUCGUAAUCCACUACCCUUCGACCGAUCAUAUUUUACCGCCGCUUUCGCCUUUGAUCCCUGGACAUAAUUAGGGUUUUGGGCUCCGAUUCGGCCUCCGGAGACUGUAUCUCGGGCUUUGCCCCGGGUGCGGCUGUGUCUCUCUGUUUUCCUCCUGCGUGAUCCGAUCUGGAUUUAUGACCGGUGGGGAGGAAGCUGGGAAUCGAUCGGAACAGCAGCUGGCGCAGAUCUUCAAGCCGCCGAAGCAGUACUUGCCGAUUUCCUCAUCAAAACCACCUUUUUGUUCUCCUGAUGAGUACCACAGGUUCGACAGCCUGCAAGGGUCCAAUGACGAGAUGGUCGAUGCCCUAGUCUUACAAACUCCUUUGAAGCGAAAGUCUGUGCAAGAAGAUAAUGACAUUAUAAAUGUAAGUGAAUGGACAACCAGCCCACAGUAUUCUGUAGGAGUUACUAGUCCUCUACUCACACCAGUAUCUGAGAAAGGAAGGAAGACAAACAAUAGGUCCAAGGUUGCAAAACACAAUAAGCUUGAAGCUCUAACUCCUGUAUCAAAUAUUGGCUUACCUUCAGGUGAUAAUCUUACUCCAGUUGGUACUUGCCGCUAUGAUAGCUCCUUAGGGCUUUUGACCAAAAAGUUUAUCAACUUGCUGAAACACUCACAAGAUGGCAUCCUCGAUUUAAAUAAAGCUGCGGAAAUAUUGAAGGUACAAAAGAGGAGGAUUUAUGAUAUCACUAAUGUUCUUGAAGGCAUUGGACUUAUAGAAAAGAAAUUUAAAAACAGAAUCUGUUGGAAGGGUGUAGAUGACUUGGAUCCAGUUGAGGUUCAUGGUGAUGUUUCAUUAUUACAGGCUGAAAUUGAGAAACUUACAUUUGAGGAGAGGAAAUUAGAUGAUCUUAUCAGCCAAAUGAGAGAAAAAUUGAGGGAGUUUACUGAGGAAGAAAAUAAUCAAAAGUGGCUCUUUGUUACUGAAGAUGAUAUCAAAGGCCUUCCAUGCUUUCAGAAUGUAACCUUAAUUGCAAUUAAAGCUCCUCAUGGUACUACCCUAGAAGUUCCUGAUCCUGAUGAGGCUGGAGAAUAUCUCCAUAGGAGAUAUAGGAUUGUCUUAAGAAGCACUAUGGGUCCUGUAGAUGUUUAUCUUGUGAGUCAAUUUGAAGAGAAGUUUGAUGAGUUGAGUGACAUGAAUACACCGCCAAAGCUCCCUCCUGCAUCAAAUUCAAGUUCUGUUGACAACUCUAUUGUCCCUUGUAAUGCUGAAGAGAGCAUUGGGAUUGGAAUGGAUGUUGAUAUUCAACAAAAUGAGAGGAUAUGGUUUGAUUUGAACUCUUCACAGGAUUUUAGUGGUGGCAUGAUGAAGAUUGUUCCUUCAGAGAUUGAUACUGAAGCUGAUUAUUGGCUUUUAUCAGAUGCAGAUGUUAGCAUCACUGAUAUGUGGAAAACUGCACCAGAGGUUCAAUGGGAUAGCAUGGCAAGAUUCAAUGCAUGUGAUUUUAUUACAGAUGGCGCUAGUACUCCUAUACCACGAACUCCAUCAGGAGUUGAGAUCACUGCAGAUGCAAAUUCCUCCCAGAGAUGAGUGCUGGUUGGAUGUAUUGGUGGAAGUGGGAAGCCAUCAACCUCUUAUUGGCUCAUGCCAGUGAGGAUUAAGGCCUCACCUGAAUGCGGAUUGAAGCAUUAACUUAGGAAUGGUGGAAUGCUUUUGUAGCAGGCAUUCAAGUUUCUUCAAGCUCCAUCCGGUAUAUGGUAAACUGCAGCUCUACUGAACUGUCAUCAUGCAUAGCAAAAUGAGAGGCUGUUACAUGAGUGAGUUGGCAAGUUUCUAAUGUUGUGGCUUAUCUAAUCUUUCAUAACUUGAUUAGAAAAUCAGACAAGUAGCACUUUUAUAGGAUCCUAAUCAGUUGUUUUGCUGCCUUUCAUCUUUUGAUAUAUAAAGAAACGUUGUUAGAACCCA